GACCAUUACUCUAUGUCGUAGCUCAUAGCAUGGACCACCAAGAACAUAGAAAACGAGCUCGACCUGAAGAGAGUGAAUCUGAAGAAUCUGACUCAUCUAACGAAACCACCCCUGGAUCCCCGUCUCUCACCCCUCCACCGAAAUAUCAUCGCGCCUCUCCUCAUACAACCCUCGAUUUCAUAUGUACUCUUCCCCCAACUUGUUCUCAACCGGAGACGACUACCUCCUACGUUACUCUUGAAGAGCUAGAGAGACAUCAAGAGAAUUUUCAUAGAUGGAUUUGUCAUCAUCCCAUCAAGGUCAAGCAGGAUGACAAGACCUCUGGAUCUGCGACUACCACACGAGUGCCAGAGAGUUUUGCAAGUAAACGCGGAGAGGCUUUACUACGAUCUUGUGAGAAGGUAUUUCCAGAAGCACGAUUGUUAGAUUUACAUAGAAUAGAAACACAUGAUCCAUUAGCCCGGGAAAGAAAGAAUAAAGGAGAAAAGAUCUUCGAAUGUUUUCUACCUCGAGAUCAAUGUGACAGGAAGUUUGCCAAUCCACAGAAGAGACGUCGUCAUUUGAUCGAUAAACAUAAAUAUCCCGAACAAUAUUUCUUCUCAGUCACGAACCAUGGCGUGAGCUCUGGUUGUCCAUACAUAGAGCUGACCGUAAUUAGUUGAACCAGAUUGCACAGCAAGACGGUCUCGCUCUCAGUAUGAUACGUCCUCGAAAAUAUCAUCCUGAGCCCGAUCGACCAGACCAAGAUCUCAGUCAUACGCG